CCCUCUCUGUGUAUAUCGUCAACCUUCAAAUUCCUUUUUCCACUCUCUCUCUCCCCCUCCCCCAAUCCCACGCACAAGUCAUACCUCCUCCCCCACACCCUUUUGUCCACCCACGCACACGCCCACGCCCACCUAUCUCUUCUGCUCCGUCCGACCUACUCUUGUCAGGAUGCAGUCGAGAACACGCGCCAUCCAGGCGCUCAAGGGUUCACGCACAUUCUCCACCUCAGCACCCAGGCCUGCUGUCUCCCCAUACAGACAAGCUGCCCAAGCUGCCACCUCAAAGGUCAACAAGGACAAUGCGCAACAACGUACACAAUCCACCACCGCCGCCGCCGCGACCAAGCAGGAACCCCGAGCACGACCCAGUCCGGCCUUCAAUCGUGAGGAUUGGAAAGAUGUCCAACCCCUCAAGCCCUACCGCUCCCCCGAGAUGGACCAUUCCUUCGUAGGAAUGAAGGGUGGAGAGAUCUUCCACGAGAUGAUGCUCCGCCAGGGCGUCAAACACAUCUUUGGCUACCCCGGAGGUGCCAUUCUCCCCGUCUUCGAUGCCAUCUUCAACUCCCCACACUUCGACUUCGUCCUGCCCCGACAUGAGCAAGGUGCCGGCCAUAUGGCCGAGGGAUACGCUCGUGCUUCUGGCAAGCCCGGCGUCGUCAUCGUCACCUCCGGCCCCGGCGCAACCAACGUCGUCACACCUAUGCAGGAUGCCCUCAUGGACGGUACCCCAAUGGUCGUCUUCUGCGGUCAGGUCGCCACAGGCUUGAUCGGCUCCGAUGCCUUCCAGGAGGCCGACACCAUUGGCAUCACCCGCGCAUGCACAAAGUGGAACGUCAUGGUCAAGAACAUUGCUGAGCUGCCGCAGAGGAUCAACGAGGCUUUCGAGAUCGCCACCUCUGGCCGGCCAGGUCCCGUCCUCGUCGAUCUGCCAAAGGAUGUCACUGGUGGUACUCUCUCAAGACCCAUUCCCGUCUCCAGCUCCCUCCCCUCCCACCCCAGCGCCGCCACCCUCGCCGCGAAGGAGCUCAGCCGCAAGCAGCUCGAGACCUCGAUCAAGCGCACCGCCGAAUUGAUCAACAAGGCAAAGAAGCCCGUCAUCUACGCCGGCCAGGGCAUGGUCAGCGUUCCCGAUGCCCCCAAGCUCCUCAAGGAGCUUGCAGACAAGGCAUGCAUCCCCGUGACCACCACCCUUCAAGGUCUGGGAGCGUACGACGAGUUGGACGAAAAGUCCCUCCACAUGCUCGGUAUGCACGGCUCCGCCUACGCCAACAUGGCCAUGCAGGAGGCCGAUCUCAUCCUCGCCCUCGGCGCUCGAUUCGACGACCGCAUCACUGGAAGUGUUCCCAAGUUCGCCCCUGCCGCAAAGGCUGCCGCCGCUGAGGGUCGUGGAGGAAUCGUUCAUUUCGAGAUCAUGCCAAAGAACAUCAACAAGGUCGUCCAGGCCACAGAGGCCGUCGUCGGUGACGUCGUCCAAAACAUUGCUACUCUCCUACCCUACGUCGACCAAGUCUCCGACCGUCCAGAGUGGUUCAGCCAGAUCAAAGAGUGGAAGGCACGCUUCCCUUGGUCGUAUGAGAAGGAGGGCGAGAACGGUCUCAUCAAGCCCCAGACCGUCAUCGAGACUCUGUCCAACUUGACUGCCCACAUUAAGGACGAGACCGUCAUCACCACCGGUGUUGGACAGCAUCAGAUGUGGGCCGCUCAGCACUACCGAUGGAGACAUCCCCGUACCAUGAUCACGUCUGGCGGUCUCGGUACUAUGGGUUACGGUCUUCCUGCUGCUAUUGGCGCAAAGGUCGCCCGACCCAACGCUCUAGUCAUUGACAUCGACGGCGAUUCGUCCUUCAGCAUGACUCUCACCGAGCUUUCCACCGCUGCUGAGUUCAACAUUGGCGUUAAGGUCAUCGUCCUGAACAACGAGGAGCAGGGUAUGGUCACCCAAUGGCAGACCCUCUUCUACGAGGAUCGCUUCUCCCACACUCACCAGCGCAACGCCGACUUUGUCAAGCUCGGCGAUGCCAUGGGUGUUCAGGCGCGCCGCGUCGUCAAGCCAGCCGAGCUCGAGGAGAACCUGAAGUGGCUGAUAGAGAGCGACGGCCCAGCUCUUCUCGAGGUCGUGACAGACCAGAAGGUGCCCGUUCUCCCCAUGGUGCCAACCGGAAACGCUCUUCACGAGUUCCUUGUGUACGACGCAGAAACGGAAAAGAAGAAGAGAGCCCUCACAAGGCAAAGAUCCGGUCGUUGAACAGCCCCCAGUCUGAUAACAGAAAUUCAUGCUGAGCGCUAUUCUCCCCAUAUCGCCUUCAGCACACCUGGGUCAGCCCGUUUCUUC